UCGAGAUUUUACAGAAACUCAUGUAUAUAGCCACUAAUCUCCACUAGUGAAGCUCACAGCUCGAAUGCUGAGGUAUCAUUUCUAAUAAUUGGCAAUGGAAAGCGGUGUAACAUUGGUUAAAGACGGUGGAUGGGCUUGGGUAAUAUGUUCUGCAGCUUUCUGUGACCUUUUUGUCGUUCUUGGAAUUCAAUACACGUUUGGAGUGAUAUAUGUAGCACUGUUAGAUCAUUUUAAGGAGUCCAAAUCCGACACAGCAUGGGUUGGCUCCAUUGGGCAAUUCUGUUUAUUUUUCCUGGCCUACCUUUCCAGUUUACUUUCCGCAAGAUUUGGCUGUCGCUUAAUGACAAUGGUUGGAGGUGUUUUAAUGACCCUUGGCUUACUCCUGUCAUCCUUUUCAAAUAGUAUUAAGCUGUUGUACUUUACUCAUGGUGUUCUCUUAGGAAUUGGUUCGAGUUUGUCUUAUUUACCUGCUCUAGUGAUGGUUGCGGAUUACUUUGAAAAAAAGCGGUCUUUGGCCACAGGUAUUGCAGCAGCAGGAGGCAAUAUUGGCGCCCUUGCUCUAGCGCCACUUCAACAAGUAAUUGUGGAAUCAUGGGGAUGGAGAAACUGCUACCGAUUUCUUUCCGUUUUCUCUCUCGCUAUUGUUGUAUGUGGAUUUUUGUUUAAACCUUUGCCAACUAAUGCAGAGAGUGCCGAAGAGGCCUUAAGGGAAGAAAAUGAAACAACUACUUCAAGUACGUGUACGACCGGAGUGAUGAUUAUGGGUGAAAAACGUCAGUGUUGUCAUUUAGGGCCUCGGUUUUUAAUAUGGGCAAUAGCAGGAACAAUAGCUUGUUUUGGGUACUUUAUCCCUCACGUAAAUUUGGUUAGGCUGGCAGAGGAGCUUGGAAGUACCUAUUCUCAGGGAUCACUUCUCCUCGCUUACAUGAGUGCAACAUCAGCUUUUGGAAAAGUAAUCUUCGGAAAAAUAUCAGAUAUGAAAUGGAUGAAUACAUUAGUGCUUUAUCAGGUAUGCAUGGGUUUAACUAGCUUGACCUCGAUUAUUUGCAUUGUGGCAAAUAGCUACGAGAUGCUGGUUAUUUAUGCAGUCGUCUUAGGCUUUCUGGAUGGCUCGUUUAUUGGUCUCAUGUCUGUUGUAACUUUUGAAUGUUCUAAUCAUGAAAACAUGUCCAAAGCAUGGGGAGGAGUGCUAAUGUGCAUGUCUUUGUCAAUGCUAGUAGGCGCACCCGCAGGAAGUUGGUUGGGUGAAGCCACUGGACGUUACCGAAACGUGUUUUUCCUCGCAGGAGGCCCAAUGCUAUUAGGAACCAUCUUAUUUACAUUCAUCUGGUUCUUCAAGCAGCCGGAAAGAUUAGAAUCAUCUAGAAGAACAGUUUGUCUUCCAGGAAGUCCUGGGGAAAUAUUUGUUUACGAAAAAUUGACAGUUGUAUAAUUUCAAAAUAUUUUUAGGCAGGAUAUCGGAAGAAGAAAAUUAUAAAAUGCGCCUAAGUAGGUGUAAAUGGGGUUUUUUGCUGCUAGCUAGAUAAUAAUAACGAAGAUAAUAAUAACAAUAAAUAAUUUUUGUAGGA